AUGGGGGUCAUCGACGGCCGCUUGGUCCUGAACACUGGCCCUCGGGGCACUACUGCAGCUGACACGUCCAGCUCACUCGCUCGUCUUGUCGACCGCGUCAACGAACUUCAUGACACGCCUGAGCUUAUCGUCCACAAGACGGAGAUUGUCAUCGUUGGAGGCUGGACCUUCUCCCUGGAUACCAUGGAAGUCCUGCAGGCGAAGUACAACAAGUUGGACCUGGAGAACGCUGUCGACACGGACGCGGACGAACCGAUGCGUACUGGCGACCUGACCCGUGCUCGUUCGCAGAGCAGCGCUGCCCAGAGCGACACGCCUCGCAAGCAUGAGCUUGAGUGGGCGCUCGCCGUCAACUUGAUCAAGUCGGUCCUUGAGAAGAUUGAUGGUCUGAAGUCCCUUGAAUGGGAGACGGAUCUUCCCUUCUCCAAGGAGAUCUGGGCGGUCAUCCCGGAAAACAUCCAGAAGCUUAGCCUGAACUUGUUCGUCCCUGAUGUCGAGGAGCUCGGUGAACAUGACCCCCACCCGGACUACUUCACCCACGAUGACCUUAUGUAUUUGGUCAAUUUCAAGAACCUGAGGUCCCUCCGCUUGUACAACAUGGUCGAGUCUUUCCAGUCCAUCAUCUGGGAGACUGUCUGGAAGAACACUGACCUCACCACCCUGGAGCUCGAGAUGCGCGACGAUCCCAUCACCCGUGAUGGUGACAACGGCGGAAAGCGUUUCCCUGUCAUUGACGACAACUGGAAGUACAACACCAAGCGUGUUGCAGCUGACAAGUAUCGUGGCCGUGAUGGCUUCGGCUUCCUUCACCACGCGUACGGCUAUGGAGAGUAUCUGGACUGUGUUGCGAUCAGCAAGGGCCGCAACGCCGCAAUGCGCACCAUGGGCGAACUCAACACGCUGCCCUUGACUACCCUGCGCCUCGGCAACUUUGUUGUCGACGACACGUCCUUCGCGAAGUACUUCGAUGGCCUGCGCAAGAUUGUCUUCACCCCGAAGUGCGCCGAUGCUGGCUUCGUCCUUCCGGAGAAGCUCAAUGGAAAGGUAAACAUCUUCACCCGUCCGACUGGUAUGGGUAAGGGAGGUCCCUCCGAGGUCAGCGUUGAGAUGGUGAGUGAGGCUCCUGCCUAA